GACUCCGUGUUGGAUGUUAUGGCGAAGGAGCAAUGGGGGAAGAUGGCCGGGAGGGAGAAAGAAUUUAAACAUGGGGAGCAUUGGCUCAGCAGCCCGACCGUGCCAGCUGCAAGGACGCAAGAUAGUCCGGGCGGGCCGCGGGCCCUGUUUCCACGCGAUAAGCCGAACGAUAUACAUGGAUGUAACUAAUCGAAAUUGAUAGUUAGGGUGCCAUAGAGUGGCCUUAAAGAGACAGGGCCUAAUACAAAUAAGUCAUAUUAACGAAUGCUUUGCAAAGUACUUUAAAGCAAGGGGUUAGUCCCGAGAAAGCAACUCCCCAGUCAGAUGAGUCACAGAAGCUCGAGCGGCGUUAAAUGGAACGUUCAAAGUUGGUCUUGGGGUGUAGUGUUUUAUGAGCCUUGGAACAAGGAACAAUGGCAAGUUGUUUUGAAAAGUGAAAGCACCUGCCCGCUGGGGUAGAGGUUUUAGACCCAUAUGGCGUCAGGACAGAGUGGUCGCCUGGAGGUUGGCACCUCAGGGAGCUCGUGUCUGGCCAAACCCCUGUACCUCCAGCGCUUGGAGCGAUCUCUGAGGCUCGACACCUUCCUGCGACAAACGGCCUCCCUCUUCAACAGAGAUAUAACCAGUGAUGAAAGCGAUGACAGUGAUGGUGGUUUAGGAUCGGGGCUGUCGCUGGAUGCGACUCAGCGUUCGACUUUACAAGUUAAAGGUGAACCGUGUGAGUCAGAGGAUGGGCUGACGGAGAGCAAGCCCCUCAAUGGCGUGCUCCUGCAGGAUAAAGAGCAAAAGCCAGACAAAACUGGCCUUUACAAUUUCUCCAAGCUGAAGAAGAACCGGAAGUGGCUGAAGAGCAUCCUGUUAAGUGACAACACAACAGACUCGGACACAGACUCCGAUGACUCUGACUUCAGCCUGUCUCGGGAGGAACUGCAUGACAUGCUGAGACUCCACCGUUACACCAGGCAGCAUCAGGGCAAGUUCCACACGGACCGUGAGCUUCAACAGUACCAGUUCUACAGCACGGGACUCCUCUCCACUCAGGACCUCUACUAUGAGCAACAGCGCCACCUCCUAGGACCAAAAAAGAAGAAAAUUAAAGACGAUAAAAAAUUCAAAGCGAAAUUAAAAAAAGUAAAGAAGAAGAAGAAGCGGGACGAAGGAGAGUUUCUGGACGAGGGCCAGCCUUAUGUCACCAAGAUCUUUGCCAAGUUUUCCCAUGAUGCUCCGAUGCCCAUCGUGAAGAAGAAGCACCUGACGAUCGAGCAGCUAAACGCAAGAAGAAGGAAGGUUUGGCUAACAAUUGCCAAAAAGGAGAUCCCAAAGACCUUUAAGCAGAAGACUUCAGCCAAGAACCUGGUGUUGACCAAUGCUAAAAAGUUGGCGCACCAGUGCAUGCGUGAAGUCAGACGUGCUGCCAUCCAAGCUCAGAAGAACUGUAAAGAAACAUUACCACGAGCUCGUCGGCUAACAAAGGAGAUGAUGCUGUACUGGAAGAAGUAUGACAAGGUGGAGAAGGAGCACCGGAAGAGAGCGGAAAAGGAGGCGCUGGAGCAGCGUAAACUUGAUGAGGAGAUGAAGGAGGCUAAGCGCCAGCAGCGGAAACUCAACUUCCUCAUCACGCAGACGGAGCUGUACGCUCACUUCAUGAGUGGCAAAGCUGCAGUCAGCGGAGCAGGAGGGGACGAAGCUCAGGAGGAGAUUCUGAAAAAGCUGGAGGACAAUGCGGCGCAACGUCAGAUUGACAUCGGAGGGGGUGUGAUGGUCAACAUGGGACAGGAGGACUAUAAUAGUGAUUAUUACAAGUCCCAAGCCCUGAGGAAUGCCAAGGAAGCCUUCCGGAUUCAUCAGGAGAGAACGCGCAUGUUUGACGAGGAAGCGAAGGACAGCCGAAGUGCGUCCCAACAUGAUGCAGGGACCUCUUCUUUAGGGGCCGGAUCUGGCUUUGGUGAGAGUUACAGCCUCUCAAACCCGUCCAUUCAGGCUGGGGAAGACAUCCCUCAGCCCACAAUUUUCAAUGGAAAGCUGAAAGGUUACCAGUUAAAGGGCAUGAACUGGCUUGCCAACCUCUAUGAACAGGGAAUCAAUGGGAUCCUGGCAGACGAGAUGGGACUUGGGAAGACAGUGCAAAGCAUUGCCCUGCUGGCCCACCUAGCAGAGAGAGACAACAUCUGGGGCCCGUUCCUGAUCAUCUCCCCUGCGUCCACACUCAACAACUGGCACCAGGAGUUCACCCGCUUUGUGCCCAAAUUCAAGGUUCUGCCCUACUGGGGCAACCCUCAUGAUCGUAAGGUUAUCAGAAAAUUCUGGAGCCAGAAAACCCUCUACACCCAGAAUGCACCAUUCCAUGUGGUGAUCACGAGCUACCAGCUCGUGGUUCAGGAUGUGAAGUACUUCCAAAGAGUCAAGUGGCAGUACAUGGUUCUGGAUGAGGCCCAAGCACUGAAAAGCAGUACCAGCGUCCGCUGGAAAAUCCUGCUUCAGUUUCAAUGUCGCAACCGACUGCUGCUUACAGGGACACCCAUUCAGAACACCAUGGCGGAGCUGUGGGCUCUACUUCACUUCAUCAUGCCUACGCUGUUUGAUUCCCACGAAGAGUUCAACGAGUGGUUCUCCAAGGACAUCGAGAGUCAUGCUGAGAACAAGUCUGCCAUAGACGAGAACCAGCUCUCCAGGCUUCACAUGAUCCUCAAGCCCUUCAUGCUGCGCAGGAUCAAGAAAGAUGUGGAGAAUGAGCUCUCAGAUAAGAUUGAGAUCCUAACAUACUGUCAGCUGACCACCCGGCAGAGGCUCCUCUACCAAGCCCUCAGGAACAAGAUCUCCAUUGAGGAUCUGCUGCAGUCGUCCAUGGGGACGGCACAGCAGGCUCACAACACCACCUCCUCCCUCAUGAACCUGGUCAUGCAGUUCCGCAAGGUGUGCAAUCACCCAGACCUGUUUGAGCGUCAGGACACACGCUCUCCCUUCUACAUGACCCUGAAACCUUAUGCCCUGUCCAAGUUCCUCUACCGAAAUGGUCUUCUACACUCACACAACCAGGCCAAGAAAAAGUUGCUUCAAGUGUUAUUGUCCCCGUUCUCCCCGCAUCACAUCCAGCAGUCUCUAUUUCACAGGAAAGAGGAAGACAAAGGAAGCUGCUUUUCCUUCCUGCGCUUCAUUGACGUGUCACCUACAGAGAUGUCCAAUCUAAUGUUACAGGGAAAUUUAGUCAGAUGGUUAGCUCUUUACCUGUCCUUGAAAUCUGCCUACCGGCUCCAUUGUCGUCGCCUGUUUGAAGAAGGCGACCAACUGGAAGAAAUGGGACAGCAGGGGGCGUCACAGCCCCUCACUAAGUGUCUUACCAGUACAGACCUAAUUGUGUGGCUAGACAGACCUACAGCUUUCCCCAACAUUCACACUGGCCCUGUCCUUCAGGACCUUGUGUUCACGGCCCUUCGACCUGGAAUGGUGGGACACAGAGACGUGCUGAUCCACAGUAGACGUUCUGCCACGUCGGUGCUGCGACCGUGCCAGCCAACACUUCCACCAAAGUUCCUCCUCAGCGUGACACCAAGGGUGAUCGCUAAUCCCAUCGAGCAAUAUUGUGACGACCGCAGCGCUGAAUAUGAGUGGCAGGUGACACGGAAUGGAGGCGGCACUGUCUUCAAACAGACUUUUCUUUUCGGCUCCCCUGAUCUGGCCUCAGAUUGGUUGUCUCGAGCAAAUGCCUUCCGUCCACCAUCACCCGGAGGAGUGAUGGCUCUCUACCCUCGACAUGGAUGGUCCUACAUUAGGAUACCAGAUAAGGAGAGUCUGAUCACGGAAAGUGGCAAGCUUCACACACUGGACAUCCUGCUGAGUCGUCUAAAGGCUCAGGGACACAGAGUUCUCAUCUACUCCCAAAUGACCCGCAUGAUCGACCUGCUUGAGGAGUACAUGGUUUAUCGUAAACACACCUACAUGCGUCUGGAUGGAUCUUCCAAGAUUUCUGAGCGCAGAGACAUGGUGGCAGACUUCCAGAGUCGGACGGACAUAUUUGUCUUUCUUUUGAGCACCAGAGCCGGGGGUCUUGGCAUCAACCUGACCGCUGCUGAUACCGUCAUAUUCUAUGACAGCGACUGGAACCCCACCGUGGAUCAGCAGGCCAUGGACCGAGCUCACCGGCUCGGUCAGACCAAGCAGGUCACAGUGUAUCGCCUCAUUUGCCAGGGCAGCAUCGAGGAGCGGAUCCUGCAGCGCGCCAAAGAAAAGAGCGAGAUCCAGAGGGUGGUGAUAUCUGGAGGCAACUUUAAACCAGACACUCUCAAACCGAAAGAAGUGGUCAGCCUGCUCCUGGACGAUGACGAGCUGGAGAAGAAAUUGCGUCAGAGACAGGAGGAGAAGAGGCAGCAGGAAGAGAGCAGCAAAGUCAAAGAGCGCAAGAGGAAGCGGGAGAAGUACGCGGAGAAGAAGAAAAAUGAGGAGUUUGAGAUUAAGAGGAGGAAAGACCUGGUCAUCCCUCAUGCACCCUCUGCGGACAAUUCCAACCUCUCAGCAGACGGAGAGGACUCGUUCAUCAGCGUGGAGAUGGACUCGGCCAUGCCAAGUCCCUUUAGUGAGAUCUCCCUGAGCAGUGAGCUGCAACCGGGCUCGUUGCCGCCGGACGCCGACGCCGAUGAGAGCAGCAGCGACAUGCUGGUCAUCGUGGAUGAUCCGGUUUCUUCAGCGCAUCAGACCCGAGCCACCAACUCUCCCUCGUCUGUGUCCGGGUCCAUCUCCGACAACAUGAACGGAGUUUCAGCUUCCGACACCACCAGCCCUGGCAGAGGAAGAUCCGGGCGGAACCGCGGGCGACCCAAAGGGUCAGGGGGCGUGUCCAAGACGAAAGGACGCGGGCGGAAGUCGACGGCGGGGAGUGCAGCGGCCAUGGCCGGGGCGAUGGCCGGGGCCGCGGCUGCAUCGGCUGCGGCCUACGCUGCCUACGGCUACAGCGUGUCGAAAGCAGGGAUGUCGGCCUCCAGCCCCGGCCUCCAGCCUUCCCUGGGCCGGUCCAGCACCGGCCCCGCCUUCAACCCCAGCAGAAGCUCGUCUCCUCAAGCCAAGGGCUCCACACCCAGCCCCCACAAACAGGUGACCUAUCACACUCAAGGAGCCGCCAGGAAAGGAAAAGGCGCCGCUCAAUGAUGCACGUGAAGACACGGGAGGACUGAGCCACUCUCACUGUGACCCCGCUGUUGCCUGCACCCGCCAAAACCUGGAGUUGGAAGCACAUCCACCAAGUGAACAGCCUCCAUGUGUCUGAUACACGUCCAAGACCAGUGGACUGAAUUUGCCUUUGAGUAUUCUUAAGUACACAACUAUCCAAGUGCUCGGAAUUCAGCACUUUUCCCCUCAUGAUCAGAGACUCCUCUGAUUGGCUGAUGAGCAGUGACGUCACGUAGCGAAGGAGAUUCUGUCAAUUGCACUGAGCCUCGUCUUCCGUUCAUGCUCAUUUGAUUUCAUGGCGUGGAGUUUAAAUGUGAACUAAUGUCUCCUUUACCAAACAACAGGUCCACAGGUUUGUAAUAAAGCGCUUAUUUUUCUAGAACAAUGUGACACUGACACAGGAGGUCCUAACAUUUUGAAGUAACCCAGCAUGACAGGAAGUAUUGAUAUAUUUUUUUCAAAUAAGAAAAACUUAUUUAAAAAAUCCAGUUUAAAUGCUGCUUAAAGUAAAUUAAUAAAUACAUUCAGAAGUUUUGGUAGUCAAAUAUUUAAGUUAUUACCACGUAAAGGAGAGUCGUGCUAUGUGGAGUUGUGCUGGAGGCGUUUCUAUUUUUGUGGUUAAAAGUGACGAGGUUGUUUAUCAUGUUCGCAUCGGCGUUCUGACCCGAGCACCCAGUCUGUUGAGUGUGAGGGAGACAUGUUUGUUCUAUAUGGAUGUACAUAUUGAUGAGAGCCUUUCUCCCCCGCCACAGUUUGUUGGUCUAUUUUUAUAGGUCAAAUGUACAUACAGUGAGUUGCACCUGAAGUUUUAAUAACUAGGACUGAAAAUAAACGUGUGCUAAAUCAGU